AACCCCAAACAAACAGAACCCUAUCAAAUCCAAACACUGCCUUAAGCCUUUGAUUCCCAAAUCCUCCCUUCAUCUCCCAUUGCACAGUGAUCGUUGCGAUCCAUGACGACACCACCGUCUUCCUCCUCAGCUUCGCAAUCGCAAUUCGCCUAUUCAAACCCCUCCUCCUCCUCCUCCUACUUCCCCGUUCCCUUUCACCUUCAGCAACCCGCAACCACUCACUACGCCGCGCCCUACGUCGCCGCCCCCUCCGUGCAAAUCCCCGCUCCUCCAGUCGUCGGCCCCGUUGCGCCCGCCCCUGUACCCGGCGUAUACUCCGCCGUGCCGCAAUAUCAGGCACAGCAGUUAUUUGAGAGGGAUGCGCAGAUAAUAACGCCGGAGGCUCUCGAGAAUGUCAAGGCAGCGAUUGCAAGCAGCGACGUGGAGCACAAAACCGAUGCCAAAAAGAAAGCGGUUCCUCGCAAAGCUGCUGGCCACGCUUGGGAGGAUCCUAUCCUUGCAGAGUGGCCAGAAGAUGAUUAUCGGCUCUUCUGUGGGGAUCUUGGUAACGAGGUGAAUGAUGAUGUUCUCUCAAAAGCAUUUUCACGAUUUCCUUCCUUUAACAUGGCACGAGUUGUCAGAGACAAGCGGACUGGUAAAACAAAAGGUUAUGGAUUUGUGAGCUUUGCCAAUCCUUCUGACCUUGCUGGUGCUCUUAAAGAAAUGAAUGGUAAGUAUGUUGGAAACCGUCCUAUAAAACUACGCAAGAGUAAGUGGAGGGAGAGGACAGAUUAUGAAGCACUGGAGAAACAGAAGAAUCACAUUCAAAAGAAACCGAAAAUGGCAAGGAAAGGUGUGCUGCACAAGUGACAGGCUGGAAUCUGUGUAAAUCAGGUUAACUAAGUAGAGAACACUUUACAAAUGCUAUUUCUUUUUUCCAUCUGAAAGGUAUUUCCCAUGUAACCGAAAAAAGCCCCCCCAAGACAUUCCUUUCCCGUUUGCAAAAUACUAUAGUUGUUAUUUUAAAGUGUAUGAUGUAUGCCCAAUACCAAAAAACCUUAUUUAUGUUUACAUUUCAGGAAUUUGUGGCAGUCGUUUAAUACAGCUUGAGGAAGGAACUCAGAAAAUGUAUAAAAUUUGAUUGACUGGCUUAUUUAAUUGAUGAAAAACUAUAGAUUGUGUGCUCAAGUUGGUACUUGGUGGAGUAGCAGAAAUACAAUCUGUCGAUGCCAUCCAGUACCACCCCACCCCCAUAUCAUUGGUAAUUAAUUCGAUAAAUGCACUUCCCAGCUUUGUGUG